AUGGAUUCAGUGAGAAAUAAAAGAAAACAAUUCCUCCAUCUGAGAUCGUCGUAUUCUUCCAAUCCAUCGUUUUCGAAUCUACCCGUUAAAAUGACUUCUACCGUCAAAAAGAUGGACACAACAUCCACAACAACAACAAAAAAGGCCGUUGCAAAAGUGCCUGAAGUUUUAUUGAAGAAACGUAAACUUUACGCUGACCUCAAAGCAAAACGUCUUCGUUCUCAAGUUCAAGCAACAAAAAACAAGAAAUACAAACGUUUAGUUGUCUUCAAACGUGCAGAAAAAUAUGUUAGUGAAUAUCGUAAGAAAGAACGAGAUUUAAUUCGUCUUAAACGUUCAGCUAAAGUUCGUAACAACUAUCAUGUUGAAGCCGAACCUUCACUCGCCUUUGUUAUCCGUAUUCGUGGUAUUCGUGGUGUACAUCCACGUGUGAAACAAGUCUUACGCUUAUUUCGUUUACGUCAAAUUAACAACGGCGUUUUUGUCAAACUCAACAAAGCUACCGUUCAAAUGUUACGUAUUGCUGAACCUUACAUUGCCUGGGGUUAUCCAAACUUGAAAUCCGUUCGAGAACUCAUCUACAAACGCGGUUUCGGCAAAGUCAACAAGCAACGUAUACCAUUAUCCGAUAACAGCGUCAUAGAAAAAGCGCUCGGCAAACAAGAUAUCAUUUGUAUGGAAGAUCUUGUUCAUGAAGUGUUUACCGUUGGCGAAAACUUCAAAAAGGCAACAAACUUUCUCUGGCCGUUCAAAUUGAACAAUCCAAAAGGUGGCUGGCGCAAGAAAGCUAAUCACUUUGCUGAUGGAGGUGAUUUUGACGUGUUACAAAUGUAUUGUUUUUCACGUUCUACUCGAUUUUUCAAUGCUCAUCUUCAGCAGCAUGAGAAUAACGGAAUAAAAAAGAAAAGAACAUCGUUGAUUUGA